AUGAAGGCGACUAUCGCUUCUCUGGCAGCUGCCUUUACACUAGGAGCUCAGUCCGUUAUGGCUGCUCCCUCGUCUACUACGACUGCGGCUAAGCGUGCCACCAGCGGCGGCGUCACUCCCAUCACCGUCAAGGGCAAUGCCUUCUUCCAGGGCGACAACCGUUUCUAUAUCCGUGGUGUCGACUACCAGCCCGGUGGCUCCUCCAAGUUGAGCGACCCCAUUGGCAAUGCCGAGACUUGUAAGCGUGAUGUCCAGAAGUUCAAGGACCUUGGCCUCAACACUAUCCGUGUCUACUCCGUGGACAACUCCGCCGACCACGAUGAGUGCAUGAGCGCCCUGGCCGACGCUGGCAUCUACCUGGUGCUCGACGUGAACACUCCCAAGUACUCCCUCAACCGGGCCGAUCCUGGUCCCUCGUACAACGAUGUCUAUCUCCAGUACAUCUUCGCGACCGUCGACAAGUUCGCCCGCUACGACAACACUCUGGCUUUCUUCUCCGGAAACGAGGUUAUUAACGAUGGCCCGUCUUCCAAGGCUGCCCCUUACGUCAAGGCCGUCACUCGUGAUAUUCGCUCCUAUCUGAGCGAGCAGAAGCUUCGCAAGGUUCCCGUUGGUUACUCCGCCGCUGACAUUGACACCAACCGCUUGGAGCUCGCCGAGUACAUGAAUUGUGGUACCGAUGAUGAGCGAUCCGACUUCUUUGCCUUUAACGACUACUCCUGGUGUGAUCCUUCCUCUUUCACUCAAUCUGGCUGGGACCAGAAGGUGAAGAAUUUCACUGGUUACGGUCUUCCCCUCUUCCUCUCCGAGUAUGGUUGCAACACCAACACCCGGAAGUUCGAAGAAGUCAGCGCUCUGUACAGCACCAAGAUGACUGGAGUCUACUCAGGAGGCCUUGUAUAUGAGUACAGCGAGGAAGGCAGCAAUUACGGCCUUGUUCAGAUCAAUGGAAACGAUGUUAGCACCUUGAAGGACUACGAUGCCCUGAAGGCGGCCUUUGAAAAGACCUCCAACCCGGAGGGCGAUGGUAACUACAACAAGACCGGCGGUUCCAACCCUUGCCCGGCCAAGAGUGCUCCCAAUUGGGAUGUCGAUGCUACUGACUCUCUGCCUGCCAUCCCCGUCCCCGCUGAGAAGUACCUGAAGAAUGGUGCUGGCAAGGGUGUUGGUUUCAGCGGCAAGGGUUCCCAGAACGCUGGCACUCAGUCCACCUCGACUGCCUCUCCCGGCUCCGGCUCUGGCUCCAGCAGCUCUUCCUCUAGCUCUUCGAGUGCUACUUCCCAUGGUGCUGCCGCUGGUCUUGUUAAGCCCUUCACUAUCAGCUUCGCUCCCGUUGCCAUCAGCCUGGCAACCAUCGUGUCCUCGCUGUUCGGUGCCACCCUGAUUCUCCUGUAA